AUGUCUUCCAUCUGGGAUAGACCGUCUUCGGGGGACGCCAGCUGGGAUAAUCGAGACAACCACGGCGUGGAGAAGGGUGACUUUGAUGGUUGGGAUAAUACUGUCCAAGAUACCGGCAACCACGAGAACAUAGAUCCUCGCUCUUCUGGGCAUGAUGCUCAGCGUACUACAACUCCGGAUGAGAGCGGAGACUUCGCUUGCCGCAACUGCGCGUGGCAAGUGGGUCCUGCAGCGUCUGAAGCCAUGAUAGGGCGCGAAGUGUACGCCUAUGCCGACAGUCCCGGGAAAUGGCGUCGGCCAUCUCCCUUCGCGUCAGUCCAAGCUUCGAUCAAAUAUAUUAUCUACCUCACCCUCGAAAAUCACUCCUUCGACAACAUCGCCGGCUACUGGGACUUCCACCCGGACAUAGACAACCUCCGCAACAUCAGUUACUGCAAUGAGUACACCAACGCCAACUGGGCCGUGUGGGGAGAGCCGCUAGAGAUCUGCGCGGCCCCGUACGAGACGGAAGUCCCACUCGCCGAUCCGGAUCACAACUUCGCGGGCGUCACUGACGAGAUUUUCCGCAAGUGGAAUGUCACCAAGCAUGACGUAUCCAACAUGGGCGGCUUUAUCGAGCGCCAGUCGGAGAAAUAUGAGUCGACUCCCGGAGAUGCAGCGUUCGUGAUCAAGGCGUACGAUCAGAAGAAGACGGCGCUGUUGGCCGAGUUGGCGCAGAACUUUACCUUCUUUGAUUCUUAUGUGGGUUGCCGGGAUUUCGCCGAACAUUCUGGUCCGACUAACGCCAACCGCCAAUUCGCAACCCCGGGAUCGAGCUGUGGCUUUGUCGAUAACACUGAUCAGGCUGCUGGAUUCUGGAACAACGUGACAGGCACCACUUGCGCGACGUCAGUCUUUGAAUCGCUGAGCAACAAGAACAUCAGCUGGAAGAACUACUACGAGACCGAUAUCAUCGACGCCUACAUGUACAAGUGGGUUCAAGACAAUGCCAUGCAUCAGCUUGUCAAUGCAGACGAGUUCUACCGCGACCUGGAACAGGGCACUCUGCCAACUUUCUCGUACAUCAACCCCGAGUGCUGCACCAUAGACUCAAUGCACCCAACCAGCCCCAUGGCAUCUGGCGAGCAGAUGAUCAAACACCUGUACGAUGCCCUCCGCCGGUCCAAGUACUGGGACAAUGCUCUCCUGAUUAUCAACUUCGAUGAGCAUGGCGGCUUCGCCGACCAUGUCCCUCCCCCCAUGGACGUGCCCCAACCCGAAGACAACAUCAGCUUCACCGGCACAUCCGACGGCCACCAUGUCAGCUACGACUUCACCCACCUAGGCGUCCGCGUCCCCGCAUUUUUAAUCUCGCCCUUCAUCUCCGCAAAUACCCUCAUCCACAACGAGGGCACCAUGUACGCCAAAAAUUCUGCUUACACCCACAGCUCGAUCCUGCACUUCCUGCAGGAACUGUGGGACCUGGAGGGCCUGAACAACCGAGUCCAGUGGGCGAAGACCUUUGAGCACGUUUUCGAGCAGCCACCGGGAUAA